CGGACACAAACAGAUACACAUUUAAGCACAGCGAAACUUAUUAUCACUAUUCGAGAGGUCUUGCAGCGUUUAGGGAAGAGGUACAUCUGGACGACAUAGUAAAUCGGUCGAUAACCGCCAGGUUAUUUGAAAAUAAUCUAAUAACCAUAUUAUAUUCUACAACCAUGGGAGUGGACGGGUGUGGACAAAUGUGCAAAUGCAUUCUCAUCCUCUUCUCUGCACUUUUUGCGAUUGUGGGAUUUGCAAUGGUUGGUUUGGGCCUGGGGCUUAGACUCAGCUCAGGGACACGAGGGCUCUUCGACAUCGAUUUGGAAACACAAGAGUUUGUCAUUUUUGUGGUAGUGUUGCUCGUGCUGGGUACACUGAUGCUGAUCGUGUCCAUUUGUGGGUUCCAUGGAGCUUGCAGUGAGAACAUCAGUUCCUUAGGAGUUUUCUCCGUACUGUUGGGCAUCAUGGCAGGUGUGGAGAUCGGAAUUGGAGUGCUGGUGUUUAUGCGAAGUCAAGAGGUGUCACAGCGGCUGGCCAACCUGUAUGCCUCCCUUUACGCACAGUAUGUCAACAAACAAGACCCCAGCCUUGGAGCCACCCUCAAAAUAAUUCAUGAAGCGUUUGGUUGUUGUGGGGUUGGAGGGGGAGUGGAGCUGUUUGUACGAGACACAUGUCCUAAGAUAGGCAUUUUGGAGACCUUCACUCGAUCCAACUGUCCCAGUGUGAUCCUGAACCUCUUCCAAGACAAAGCUCCUCUUAUCAUGGGCUUCUUCCUGGCCACAGCAGCUCUGAUGAUUGUUGCGUUGGUUUGCAGCUCUGUUCUCAAAAAAGCCAUCAAAGAUGCCUCCUCUGCUCCUCCCUAUCUGCUCCUCUCCAGCCAUACCAUCUCCCACAUUCUUCCAGACCCUGCUCUCUAUCCUGCACCCACUGUCACUGUGCCAAUGGCAGAGGAAGCUUAAUGCUCAAAUGACACUCCUACAGAAGUAGAGUAGAACUUUCCACUCAGCGCCUCAUUUACUAUAAGGAUAUGCGCUAUAUGCGGUUUGGCAAAGGCGCUGAUUGCGCUGCGGUCGCAAUGUUAGUAAAUGAGGCCCUCAGUUUCUUCUUUUAUUCCCCGUCCUCCAAUGCACUUUCCUUUGCUUGACGUGUUCUCCAUAAUCACCUUGAGUCAUCCCUGUUUUCCGCUGGCUGAGGUGUCUGUCGUUUCCCAUCUAUCUUCGGGGUGCUGUACCUAGAGUUGAUCUUUUCCCCUCGGCUGCUCUCACGCGCCUCUUCCUGGCCCUUUCUUCCUUCUCACCAUCAGAUCACAGCCCUGGUCUGCUCCAGCAUCCUGUCCAAAGCCAUCAAGCAGAAUCGCCAGGCGUUUCCUGUUACUUACAGCGCCCCCUUGAUGUUCUGAGAGGGCAGGACUCCCCAAAAGCUGUUGGAGCCUGGAGGUUAUGUCUUAUCCCUCGCUUUAUCAUUUCAUCAUUUGUACAUAAUGGAAGAAUAGCUUUAUCACAUCUUACUAGGGUAGAGAAUAAGAUUAGAGUGUCCAUAUCAUUGGUUAUCUGUCUUUUAAUUUUUUUUGCUUCAUUAGAAAAGGGAACAUUUGUAUGGUUUUUAUUUAACCAUACAAGGCUGCUAAUUGUGGGCUGACUUAAAAUGAUGUUGAAGUAUUUCAAUAUAUUAUUUAGUCUUUUUUUUUUGUGUUUUUAUACAAAAGGUCAAUUUUCUCAAAUGCUACAUGCAGGCUCUGUGCUCAAAUACUGUAUCAAGUGGGAUCUAAUUCAUUUUCAUAUUGCCUUGUAUCACUAUAUGUGCUAUCUGUUAUGGGCUAAAUCUAGCAUAGUACUUCUUUAAGUGCAUUCCCUUGAACUGCUGUUAUUGUUAAGAUUGUUAAAUGACACAUAUCUUAUUAUGCUUGUGUUUUUAUACAAAAGGUCAGUUUUCUUAAAUGCUACAUGCAGGCUCUGUGCUCAAAUACUGUAUCAAGUGGGAUCUAAUUCAUUUUCAUAUUGCCUUGUAUCACUAUAUGUGCUAUCUGUUAUGGGCUAAAUCUAGCAUAGUACUUCUUUAAGUGCAUUCCCUUGAUCUGCUGUUACUGUUAAGAUUUGUACCAUUGUGUUAAACUGAGCACUGUUUUAAAAAAGAAAA